ACUGACCCCAGUGAACCACCUUUUCCAACCUCGUUACCCAGGGCAAUAUUCCGAAUACAAAACCAGAGGCCCAGAAGCCGAAUUAUAUUUUAAUUCCAACUCCCCCAGAAGGAAAAAUAAAAUAAUACAUACAUAUGGGCCCUUCCCACAUUCGAGUUCCGUCCCCCUCAGCGUCUUCCUUUCAUGAAUCAAUGUCGACUCCAGGACACAGAGAUUCUCACGUAUACGUGACACCCCAGCAAAGCCCGGCUUUAGGUUUCGGCACACCUCCAAUGUCGCAUGAUAAUAAUUGGGGGCGGGACACCAGAGAGUCAACACACUCCUCAAGCGUUCAUUCUGUCUCUCCCGCCCUUGGACAGCGCCAGCUUCACGACCAUUCCCACGUUAGAUCUCGUCACCAACACCACCACCACCAACACCACUCCUUGCCUUCCCCGCCGCAACAGGAGCACUCAUUUACCACGAUGCCUUCCGAGUUCCACGACCGUACAAAUCCUCCCCUCUCCCCCCCAGCUUCGGAUGGCCUUAUGUCGCCCAUGAGCCAUACCCACGACUUCCAGGACAAGAUUCCCAUGGACCCCAAUCUCCCAACAAUGUGGAUGUCGAACGCCUUUGGCAUGAAGGCGGACAGUGACGACAUGUCAUUGCCCAUGCAGGACCAUUCUGUCACGGCCUCACCGCCGCCGCUCUUCAUUGAGGACAUCCUUCGCGCCCAGGACAACCAUAGCAUGCAGGGAAUGGGAAAUGGAUUCAUGGACGAGCACGAUUUCCAGGAGCACGGCUUGAGCGGACCAUCUCCUAUGAAGCGACCUCGGGACGAACUUUCCUCUGUUGUUGGAUUUGGAGGUCAGUUCCAUUCGGGUGCGGCAGGUACCUCUGGCGUCAGUAGGGUCCGUAAGAAGCGCCAUUUGACCGAGCCCAGCGAGGCCAAUUUUCACUGCACCAAGUGCGGGAAAUACUUCUCGAGGAUCUGGAACUACAACGCGCACUUAGAGACCCACAACCCUCACCGACCCAGACCUCACGUUUGCCCUGUCGACGAUUGCAAGAAGGCUUUUGUCAGACGAACCGACUUGACCAGACAUCAGCAAUGUGUGCAUGCUAAGGAUAAGAAAUUCCGCUGCGAACUUUGCAACAACAUGUUUGCCCGCAAGGACACUCUUAGAAGACAUGAAGAUGAUGGUUGUCCAAAGCGCGUCGAUAUCGCAUCCAGAGGAUCAAAGAACAAGCCCAUAGUCUGGAACUCGCAAGCACUCGGUUUCUACAGCGCAAUGCAGCGCCGCGACGAAGUACUCCCAAACAUGACUGCCUAUGACCCCCAAAUGCGACCAAAUCACUACGAUAACGGAAUGUCCUCUCAUCUCCCUCCUCUCUCGGACAUCGUUCCAAAGACUCCAUCAUCAGUCCUGUGGGGCUAAGCACACCGUCCUUCUAGGGAUCGUUGUUUCUUGUACAAUCUUCUUUUCCUUUUUCCGGUGCCUUGAAGUAUUGCAAAGGGUAUUUAUUUAGAGGCGCAAUUUUGUUUUUUCAUUUUGGCCUGGGUAUUUUCCUCAUAGUUUCAUACCACUUGGUUUUUAUUUUUUUUAUUUUUUACCCUUGUUCAACUCUCUCGCUUUCUUUCCCUUCUCAUUCUCAUUUCUUCUCUCUUCUUUCCCAAUUAUUCCUUUUGUCAUAGUUCUGCGCGGUAAAGGAAAAAGGGAAAACGGGGUCGGCUGGCUUUUUGUUUUACUGGCUCUAAACGACUGGCUCAGUCGUUGUGAGCAAAUGUCUUGCUUGUCCAUAUUGUCGAGCGCAACAUUCUACGUCAUUUAUUUAGGGAAGAUAUGGAGUUCUUGAAAUAACAAAAUCCAAUGCAUUUAUGGAAAUUGGUUUCCG